AUACUUAACUUUGGCUUCAACAAUGCAUGGGUCCCGAAAAAGGACAAAUCUACGCAGCAGGUUUCCUCACAACUCAUAAAAAGAAAGAGGACAUCACAGCCUGUCUCGGAGAAUAUCGGAAUUCUAAAAAUCGAAAUAUCUUUACGAAUCGUGAUAUCUUUAUAGCAUCUUCAGAUUCUUUCGACUUUUUGCAGUAGUCCUUGUGCAGUUGGGCACCGGAAGUUGUAUUGUCAUUGCGAUUUUGUUUUAAAUGUUUGGGAGUCAAGAUCACCUGGCAAGAAACAUCACUGGGGCGAAAGUGCAAACUUUUGAAGAAGAAAUGGAUCCUGUCCGUUCCUGGGUGCGGAAUGUCGGUGUUACUGAUGCAAACAUAGCGGCACAAAGUGGAGUGGCCUUAUCCCGAGCUCACUUUGAAAAGCAGCCUCCCUCCAACCUCAGAAAGUCAAACUUCUUCCAUUUCGUGCUGGCACUCUUUGAUCGCAAUGGGCAGCCUGUGGAGGUGGAGAGGACCGCAUUUGUUGACUUUGUGGAGCAGGACAAGGAGCAGACCGGAGAAAAGACCAACAAUGGCACUCACUAUAAACUCCAACUCCUUUUCAGUAAUGGUGUUCGCACAGAACAGAACCUUUAUGCACGACUCAUUGAUUCUGUCACUAAACAGCCCAUAUCAUAUGAAGGACAAAACAAGAAUCCAGAAAUGUGUCGUGUUCUGCUAACUCAUGAGGUCAUGUGCAGUCGCUGUUGUGAGAAAAAAAGCUGUGGUAACCGCAAUGAGACGCCAUCUGACCCUGUCAUCAUUGAUAGAUUUUUCUUGAAGUUUUUCCUAAAGUGCAAUCAAAAUUGUCUGAAGACAGCAGGGAACCCCAGAGACAUGAGGAGAUUUCAGGUGGUUUUGUCCACCACAGUAAGUGUGGAUGGUCCUGUUUUAGCCAUUUCUGAUAAUAUGUUUGUACACAACAACUCCAAACAUGGACGUCGUGCUCGAAGAAUGGAUUCUGGUGAGACGAUGGAGACCAGUAUGGAAUAUGCUACACCCUGUAUCAAAGCCAUCAGCCCUAGUGAAGGCUGGACUACAGGAGGGGCUAUGGUCAUUGUGAUUGGGGAAAACUUCUUUGAUGGUCUUCAGGUUGUGUUCGGGAGCAUGCUAGUGUGGAGUGAGUUAAUCACUCCUCAUGCAAUCCGGGUACAGACUCCUCCCCGACACAUUCCAGGGGUCGUGGAAGUCACACUAUCUUAUAAAUCCAAGCAGUUCUGUAAAGGAGCUCCAGGACGCUUCAUUUACACCGCACUGAAUGAGCCAACUAUUGACUAUGGCUUCCAGAGACUUCAAAAGCUUAUCCCCCGACACCCUGGUGACCCUGACAAGAUGGCGAAGGAAAUGUUACUUAAAAGAGCAGCUGAUGUUGUUGAGUCACUCUAUGGAAAUACCACCAGCAGUCAGGACAUGUUGUUGAAACGGAGUGCAGACAUUGCUGAGGCUUUGUACAGCGUGCCACGAACCCACAGCCAGCUGCAGGCCAUGCCAAGUUCCCCUGUCCAUGGCAGUGUCAUGGGCCUCAGCUCCUAUCCCUCUCAGCUGGGCAUCAGCAUUGGGGAACCUGUGCAAAACAAUAGCCAAGGUUAUACCCGUAACUCAAGCAGCAUGUCACCACGGGGCUAUCCUUCAGCCUCGACCCCUCACCAGUCAGGUUAUGGGUCUAAUGCAGGCAUGACUGCAAGUUACGGGGCAGUGCCCAUGAGUAGUCUGGGUGUUCCAGGAUCACCUGGCUUUAACAGUGCCUCUCCAAACAGCUCUCCGUAUGGUAUCAUGCCAUCUAGCCCAACUGUACCAGGUUCUAGUUCCUCAUCCUCCCUCCUGUCCUUCUCAUCUUUCCCAUCCUCAACCAAACAGAAAAGUGCCUUUGCUCCUGUUCUGAGACCACAGGGUUCCCCUUCACCUGCCUGCCCAACCACAGGAGGAAACAGCUUUAGAGCAAUGACAGGCCUUGUGGUGCCCCCAAUGUAGAAGAUGAGCCAUUACCAAAAACAAGCUUCACAGCCAGUGUCCAGAACUGGCCUGAGACCAACGCUGUCUCUUCGUCCCACUUAUUUAUAAACCAUCUGCUUUUGCAAACCACACUGAGGGGAUAAAAUACUUCAGAUAUUGUGUAAUUUAAACAGUCGCAGUCUGUUUACACAGAAGUCUGAUGUCUUUUAUGAACAAGAAAACCUUCAAGAGCCUUCAAGAGAAUUAAAGACAAAUUCAAGACAUUUUUGGGCACCUUCUCAAAAAAUAUAUCCACGGCAACUGCUCUUUUAGGCCAAAAAAAAAAAAGAAAACCUGGUGUUACUUCUGGGGUCUUCCACCCACAAAAUGCCAAAAAGAUGUAUACUGUAAUUUCUUCAUGAAACUUUAGACUUAAGGCAUAAUUACACUUAAGCUUUUUACAAUGGAUUUGCAGAUGCUAGAACAAUUUACAGUGGAGAUUUUCUACCAUAUACUGAGACAAACAUAUCCUUGAAUUGAUACUGUGUUUUUAAAAUUAUAUA